AUGACUGAAGGAACUGGUCUCAAGAGCGGCGACGAUAGGGGUGUAGGUGGAAACGCCUCUCAUGGGUUGGGCAACACCUUGACAAUUGGUCUUGGCGAUUCUGCUGGCGCAACAGAGGGUUUGGGCAACGCCUUUAAUGCAUAUGAUGAAGGUGCUGAAGGAGAUCUAGGCAGCACCAGCUAUAGCCUAGGUUUCCUGGAUGAGGACAGAGCCCAUGGCGGGCAUGAGGCGAUGAUGUCAGUUGCUGUGGGCGAUGCCACCUGUAGCACCAAAGCAAUGAUGGCCCAUGCAGUGGGUGACGUUAAGGCCACACAGGCAGGGGGUGACGCCAAAGGGAGAAAAAACAUUGGAGGCGACACCAAAAGGAGAAAAGGUAUGGGCGAAGCCCUUGCGGGUGCAGGCGCUAGGUCGGACGACGCCUCGCAGGCGCAGAAGCUGCACCAAGUGACCCAGAAAGGCGCUGGGCACUGGUUGGUGCUAGGUGCUUGGGUGCGGACUGGUCGACACCUAAAGCAAGUGGUCUGGGCGAUGCCUUGGAGCUGGUACACGGACAGUCUCUAG